CGAGGGAGAGCCACUGGCAGAGGAUAGCGGAGUCGUGUCAGGGUCCAUAGAGCGAAGCAUCUAAGGAUGAUGGCCGCAGCGGCGUCCCUCGCCCCUGCCGCCUCGUCGUCCCUCCUCCGCCGCCCCCGAUCGGCCGCCCGCCUCCUCCUCUUGCGCCGGCCGGGAAACCCUAUCGCGGCCGCCGCCAAUUCAAGAACCGUCCGACCCAAUUAUCCGCCCCCUCCGCCGCAGCCCUUCGGCCGCCCUCCCGCUAUCGAUCCUUCCGCCGACGUUCUUGGCUCCAGAUGGAGGCGAUUCUGUAGCGCGGCGGUCUCAGCCGACGCCGAGGCCUGCGAGAAGGUUGCCACGACGGAGGCUGGGGAGACGGUUCGUGAGUUCCGGAAGCGCUUGAGGAUCGCCGACGUGAAGGGCGGACCCGACGAGGGGAUGGACCGGCUGGGGGAGGUGCUGGUGGUCAGGGGCUGGAUCCGGACUUGUCGGGUUCAGAGCACGGUGACGUUCAUUGAGAUAAAUGAUGGUUCCUGUUUAUCCAACAUGCAAUGUGUGAUGAGUUCUGACGCUGAAGGCUACGAUCUGGUGGAAUCAGGUUUUAUCACAACUGGGACUUCUGUACUAAUAGAAGGCACUGUAGUUAGCAGCCAAGGAUCCAAGCAAAAGGUGGAGCUAAAGGUGGCAACACUUAUCUUGAUAGGGAAAAGUGAUCCAUCAGCUUAUCCUAUCCAGAAAAAGAGAGCAACUAGAGAAUUUUUGAGAACCAUAGCUCAUCUCCGUCCCCGAACAAAUACAUUUGGUGCAGUCACUAGGGUGAGGAAUGCAUUGGCGUAUGCAACACACAAGUUUUUUCAGGAAAAUGGAUUUGUUUGGAUCUCGAGUCCCAUUAUCACUGCUUCAGAUUGUGAAGGAGCUGGGGAACAAUUCUGCGUGACAACAUUGAUAUCAAAUGCUGGAGAAAGUGAUUGUCCACUCAAUAGCAUCCCCACUACCAUGGAAGGGAAUGUUGAUUGGUCACAGGAUUUCUUUGGGAAACCGGCAUUUUUGACAGUUUCUGGCCAACUCAAUGCUGAGACAUAUGCUUCUGCUCUCUCUGAUGUGUACACAUUCGGUCCUACUUUCAGAGCUGAAAAUUCAAACACUGCAAGACAUUUGGCUGAAUUUUGGAUGAUUGAACCUGAACUUGCCUUUGCGGACCUGAACGAUGACAUGGCCUGUGCUACUGCAUAUCUCCAGUAUGUAGUAGGUUUCUUCUUCAAAUCCAUAUGCCAUUCUAUAUCCAUUUUGCAGGUGAAGUAUAUUCUUGAGAAUUGUAAAGAAGACAUGGACUUUUUUAACACAUGGAUCGAGAAAGGAAUUAUUAAUAGAUUGAAAGAUGUGGUCGAGAAAGAUUUCAUUCAGUUGACAUAUUCUGAUGCUGUCAAACUACUUCUUAAAUCUAAAAAGAAAUUUGAAUUCCCGGUAAAAUGGGGUUUGGACCUGCAAAGCGAGCAUGAAAGAUACAUCACUGAAAUUGCUUUUGGUGGCCGCCCAGUGAUAAUUAGAGAUUAUCCCAAGGAAAUUAAAGCAUUUUAUAUGCGUCAAAAUGAUGAUGGGAAGACAGUUGCUGCUAUGGAUCUGCUGGUUCCCAGGGUCGGUGAGCUUAUUGGUGGAAGUCAAAGAGAAGAACGCCUUGAUUAUCUUGAAAGCCGCUUGGAUGAGUUAAAGCUUAGCAAGGAUAGCUACUGGUGGUAUCUUGAUCUUCGACGUUUUGGGUCAGUUCCACAUGCUGGAUUUGGUCUGGGAUUUGAGAGGCUCGUGCAGUUUGCAACUGGGAUUGAGAACAUAAGGGAUGCCAUUCCUUUCCCACGCUCUCCUGGCUCUGCAGAUUUUUAAUGAACCAUAACUCACGUUACAGGCCAUAUAUCUAUCAUUCAUUACCGAAAUGAAAGGAGAUUCCAAGUUUGCAGCAAUGGGACUGAAAGCUUGUUGCCGUUCGGUUGAGAAAGGGAGGGUCAGUGGACUUUAACGUUUCUAAUAAAGAGCAAUAGUUCUUCUACCCUUUAUGCUUUACCUUGUGACCGGAGGCAGCGAUAGGGCACACAUGCGACCCGCUCCAUUUGGUGCAGUCAAUCACAAUGGGAAAGUCAUAAAGAGAUAAGAAAAGUAUUUUUGUAUUGAUGAACAGGACUUCCAUUUCCUUCCUUUUCAGAUGUAAUAUUUAUCAGAGGAUAACUGUAAAUUGUCAUUCCAAAUAGUCAAAGAACAAACCUAUAUCUGUAUUUGUAUCUUCA